GGAACAUUGUCAUGAAUGAAAAUGCUGAUGCGUGGAGGGAUUCUCCAUGUUUCAGAAAAUGAGACCUCAUAUGAGAUGUUUGAGAAAAACGCACGAGAGCUGAUACGUGAAAUUAAAUUGGAAUGGUUUAUUGACCCUAAAGAGAAAUGGUCUUUUUUGGGGUCUCUGUUUUUCUGCUGCACUGUAUUCACAACUGUUGGUUAUGGUCACACAUACCCCCGGACAAGGCUUGGGAAAUACUUGUGUAUGCUGUAUGCUUUAUUUGGCAUACCUCUGAUGUUCUUGGUUCUUACUGACUUGGGUGACAUUCUGGCAGCUAUACUUUCUGCAUCUUACAACAAAGUUAGACAACUACAGUCAAACAUAGUAACCAAAUGGUGUCCUGUGUCCUUUUGUAAGAAAAACAAAGAAUCAAAACCAGCAGCACUUAGGCAAAGCAAAAUAGUCCUUCGCGAACCUUUACAUAUUGCACUAGUGUUAAGAAGCCAGUCUUCCCUGAAAAGUAAGCCUGGGCAACAUCGGAAUGCUGAAAUAUUUGAAAAACUCAUUGCCAGGGAAAACCAGUUCCUUGCCCCACCUAAACCUAUGGAACGAUGGAGUUCAUGUCCUCAACUAGAUACAGGAAAAAUGAUGGAUGAGAUGAUUGACAAUAUUGACAACAUUGGGAAAGAAGUCGAAAAGCUGGAUGUGCCCUUUCCAUUGAUGACUAUCAUUGUCUUUGCGUAUAUUUCCUGUGCCGCUGCUAUUCUUCCACACUGGGAAAGUCACUUGGAUUUUCAGGAAGCUUUCUACUUCUGCUUCAUCACUUUAACAACCAUCGGCUUUGGUGACAUCGCACUGCAGCAUCCCAACUUCUUCUUGUUUCUCUCGCUUUAUAUUGUGAUUGGCAUUGAAAUAGUCAUCAUUGCUUUCAAGCUGGGACAGGACAGGCUCCUUAGUCUGUACAAGAAGAUGAUCUUCUGUUUUGGACCGAAAAAAGUUGCAUACAAAGCUGUGUAA